UCUCGCUCAGACACUUGAAACCGGCUCAACCCGCAUCACAUCUCUAUCACUCUUGCUUCUCCACAAGCGCAAGCAGCAGCGCUUAGCGACGGCAGCACAGCAAUGAACUUUUCUCCUUCCGACGACCCGCCCAACGAGUCCUCCGGCGCGCGCGCAAAGGGCAAGGGCAAGAAGCCAUGGUUCACUCGCGGCGACUCGGGAGCCUACUCCAACUCGUACCAGGCGGGCGGGUCCAGCUCUGACCCGACCGCUGCGGCCCAGGCCUACGGCAACGACCCCGAGGAUGCAGACAUCUACGGGUACGGUGGCAACGGCGCCGGGUCGUCGUCGUACAGCGGUGGUGGCGGUCUCGGCGGCGCCGAGGAGGGCCGCAUCAACGCCUGGGAGAGCAGGUUUGGGUGGAGGAUUGACGCGAUGGCCGCUGCGGCAUACCUCGGCGGUCCUAUCACUGCGGUUCUCUUCCUCAUCAUCGAGACACAUAACGACUACGUCCGCUUCCAUGCGUACCAGUCGGCACUGCUCACCACCCCGAUCGUCAUCUUCCUCCUCCUGACCAACCUCCUGCUCCCACUCCCCGCCUUCCUCAAGACGCUCAUCAUCCUCGGCGGCAUUGGCGUGACGCUUUACACGGCAUACCGCGCGUGGAAGGACGCACAGGACGGCCUCAACCGGUACUGGCUGCCAUACAUUGGCGAGAUUGCAGAGCGCUGGAGCCUCUCACCGCGCCUCCUCGUUCUCCUCGCGCUGGGCAUCAUCGGCCUAGUCUACCUCGUCUUCUCCAGGUCAUCAUCUACAUCACCGCACCGAACAACCUCCAAGUUCCUCGUCCCCCCAGACAAGUUCAUCCCCGUCGACUCUGGCCGCCCGUCGUGGCUGCCCGCGCCGUUGGCGCCGAAGCGCGCGGGUAUGCGCGUCCCGAAUGCCGUGCACUACGUCUACGGCCUCAAGGAGCCCAAGAACGGCAGGACAGAAGAGCUGCCGUACUACGCGUACCUCGCCAUGCGGAGCGCACUGCUCAACCUCAAGCCAGAGAAGAUCUACUUGUGGGUCCACGCCUGCAGUGGCAGAGACGAGCUCACGAAGCGCAGCCAUUACAAGCACCAGCCCCGGGGGCCGUGGUGGGACCUCAUCCGCCCACACUUGACGCUGGUGGAGACCCACCCCCCGUCGUCCAUCUUUGGCAACAAGAUCGAGCACUUUGCGCACCAGGCCGAUCUGGUGCGUCUUUGGGCGAUGAAGUACUCUGGUGGCAUCUACCUCGACAUUGACAUGUUUAUUAUCCGCUCGUUCGACGAGCUGCUCUACUAUCCCACCACGCUGGGUAUGGAGUCUGCGACGGACGAGAAGCGGUCGCUGUAUGACCCCGAGGGGCUAUGCAACGCUGUUAUCAUUUCCGAGCCUGGCGCAGCCUUCAUCGACCGCUGGCUCGCGUCGUACGAGACGUUCAAUGCCGACGACUGGGCCGGGCACUCUGUCCGCAAGCCAUGGCAACUGGCCCGCCAGCACCCCGACGACCUGCAGGUGCUCAACUCGCGCGCCUUCUUCUGGCCCAUGUGGUACGGCGACGAGAUCAAGAAGACGUUUGAGAACGACGACUUUGAUUUUCGAAAGUCGGGCCAGUUUGCCUACCAUGCGUGGGAGAGCCUCGCGAUGAAGUACCUGUCCAAGCUGAGCCCCGAGGGGAUCCGCAAAGAAGACAACAGCUUCCACCGCCUCGUCCGGCCGUUCAUCGGGCCCGACGACGACAAGAUCUACCGCGAGUGGAAGCACGGACACCGAUACUGAAGGAUAGACGCUGCGAGACGAUCACGUACCACCUGCAUGGCCGCGCGCCGCCCAGACAUGACAAGAUAUGCAUUUCACCCUAGUACCAAGAAAAAAAAUCGUCCACGCUCACACUCUAUCACUCUCUGACUCUAGCUGCUAGUUGGUGCCCGGGGCCCACUCGUCGACAAACACCUUGGCCAUGCGGCGCACGCCCUCGUCCAUGACCUCCUUGGGCUCGAACGAGAAGGACAAGCGGUAGUGGCCGGCGCCGGCCUCCUCAACCGUGUGCACGUCAUCGCCCUGGUACGGGUCGUGGUACCAUCCUGGGGUGAGGAGGACGUCGUGUGCGAUGAGUGUCUUCCAGAACACCUCCUCAAAGUCGUUCUCGGGCGUCUGGCGGCCCUCGGCGAACGCAGCGUACUUGGGGUGCGUGCGCCAGUACGCCUUGAUCCAGAUGAACAUGCCGCCCACGGGGGGCAGGAAGCUCAUGAGCGCUGGGCCAGUGUGCGCCUGCCCCUUGGGGUAGGCCACCUGGCCGAUAGCGCCCUCGACGUCUGUCUCCUCGGCGGGCACGACGUCAAACUCGUUGUAAAUGGCGUCGAGCAUCCAGUCGCGGCGCACGCGGUACUGCUCGCACAUGUUGACCUCCCACUUGAGGAAGCCGUCGAGACCCCACUCCUCGAGCAACUGGCCGACAAUGACCUGAGAGAAGCCCGACGGGCCGUUGGUCUGCACCUCGGACGUGCGGAGCAUGCGCUCGCAGAACAUCUUGUUCAUGGUGAACCAGCCGAGACGGCUGCCCGGCGCCAGCACCUUGGAGAACGUGUCCAUGCGGAUCACACGGCCCUGGUAGUCGAUGGUGAGGAACGACGGCGACUUGCGAGCGAGGAAUGCGUCGACGUCGACGGCGGGGUCGGGUCCAGUCGACGGCUGGCCGGCCUUGUACUCGGGGAACUCGAGCAUCGUGUACGGGUCGUCCUCGAUAAUGAUGACGUCGUACUUGACGGCCACCUCGUAGAUCUCCUUCCUGCGCUCAAGCUGCAUCGUCGUGCCGAGAGGGUUCUGGCCCACGGGCACGAGGUACAUGACGCGCGGGCGGCGCCCCUUCGACUCGUCCCAGUUGGCCAAUGCCUCCUCGAGCGCGUCGGCGCGCAUACCCUCGCCGUCCGAGUGGAUCGGGACGGCCUUGAUGCCCAUGGGGAUGAAGACGGACUGGGACGUCGAGUAGAUCAUGCUCUCGGUGAGGAUAAAGUCGCCGCGCUCGAGCAGCAGUUGCGUGAUCAUGCUCCAGGCCGCCGUCGAGCCCGUGUUGCCCAUGACCUCCCAGUCGGCGUAGGCCGGCUUCCACAGCUUCUCGGUCAGCGCGCGCUGGAACGCGAGCAGCUUGGGCAUGCCCGUGGAGGGCAUGUACUGGAGGCCCUGGGAGAGCGCGUACGCCGUCGACGGGGUGAGGUCGCGCUGGAUCGCAUAGUCGACGCUGUCGGCCGGCGGCUGGGGCGCCAUCGGGUCAAUGACCGUGUCGGCCGGGAAGGCCGAGACGGCAAUGUUGUGGAAGGGGAACACGGAGGGGUGGGGGAGGCCGCCAGCAAACGAGAUCAUGCCCUUCUGGUACAUGUACUUAAUGAUGUCCUUGAGCGGGCUGGGCUUGCGCGAGCGCGAGAGCAGCGACAGGUGGUGGCUCAGGUCGACUGCAUUCGGGAGGGGUGCGGUGGGGUGGGGCAUUGUGGUGGUGGAGUGUGGCGGGGGUGUGAUGGGUCGCGAUAAGAGGUGUAAAAGGCCGAGAAGUGUGCGGAGCAAGGUCGGGCAGUGGCCAGUCGACUCUAGCAAUCACCAAGUAGCAGCAGUAGCAGUAU